UUGCACAGACGCAUUCCUAUUUUAUGUUCUAUUAACAAGUUUACUUUCCAGGCGAAUACUUCCCUUUCCACCCUCCUUCCCUUCUCGGUAUUUUGCCCUUGGUUUCCUAUACAAGAAUCUCACCAUAGCUUCUGUUUAUAGGUGGAAAUACACCCUGGUGUCUUCAGGCUGGAGGCGGUCAUGUUUAUGAGCACUGAAGACCCUUCCUUGUAGCUCUUCACCGCCACCUGGCUGCUAGCCUCUCAAGGGGAGAGUGCAGUGCUGGCUACGGCGGCGCGGCGUUACUGCCGGCAGAACUGGGUAUCUAGUGGAGAUUCGGGAAGGCUCCCUCUGGCUUAGUAAGCAGUUUGGAAUCUGAGCAGGCAGGACCAGAACCUGAGAGAUGGGUUUGGGGCUAAAUACUUGCCUCCCUGAGACACUUCCAGGCCUCCAGAAGAGCGCCGUACUCAGAUCACAGGUCCCAAUGCGCUAGCUCGCACAGAGCGCCUGAUUCGCGUAGUGUUGAGGCACAGCACCACUCAAGACAGGUAGCACUGCAGAGACAGGAUGUCACACAGAGUUGAUGACUUGUAAGAUUGCUGCUGUUUUCAGUUCCCCAUCCUCGGUGAGUAGUAAAACGGAAAAGCACAGACCAGAAAGAGGAGCCCCAGGAAACUCAGACUAUCGGUCUCUGACGCGGAGAGAAAGUUUGAGAAAACAAGUGAUUGUACACAGCAAACAACUGCUAGCGAGUGCAGAGAGAUGGCCGGGGUUUGCGUUCGCUGUGACCCAGAGGGCAGGAAGGUCAGGUGCAAGGGGCGGGGGCUCUGGCCAUGGGCCUGGCUGGGGCGGGCCAGCCGGCGGGGCAUUUAAACCACAGUCGCCAGUGUCGGGGACUCUGCCGGCUCCAUACCCUCCGUCGUCCCAGCUCCAGGUACCGGCCACGCAAGAUGCGGUCUUCCCUGGCUCCGGGUGUCUGGUUCCUCCGUGCCUUCUCUAGGGACAGCUGGUUCCGUGGCUUCAUCCUGCUGCUCACCUUCCUCAUUUAUGCCUGUUAUCACAUGUCCAGAAAGCCCAUCAGCAUUGUGAAGAGCCGCCUGCACCAGAACUGCUCAGAGCUGGUCAGACCCGGCAAUGACACCCACGAUCCCAACGAUACCACCUGGUGCAGCUGGAGUCCAUUUGACAAAGAUGACUACAAGGAGUUACUGGGAGCUGUGGACAAUGCCUUCCUAGUGGCUUAUGCCAUUGGCAUGUUUAUUAGUGGGAUCUUUGGGGAGCGGCUGCCCCUCCGUUACUACCUUUCAGCUGGAAUGGUGCUCAGUGGCCUCUUCACCUCCCUCUUUGGCCUGGGGUACUUCUGGAAUAUCCACAUGCUCUGGUACUUUGUGCUUAUCCAGAUCUGCAACGGACUUGUUCAGACCACGGGCUGGCCAUCCGUGGUGACCUGCGUUGGCAACUGGUUUGGAAAGGGAAAGCGGGGGUUCAUCAUGGGCAUCUGGAAUUCCCACACUUCUGUGGGCAACAUUCUGGGCUCCCUGAUUGCUGGAGUCUGGGUGAACCAGCAGUGGGGCCUGUCCUUUAUCGUGCCUGGCAUCAUCACGGCUAUCAUGGGCAUCGUCACUUUCCUCUUUCUUAUUGAAUAUCCAGAAGAUGUGGAUUGUACCCCUCCUCAGCACCAUGGUGACCCGGAGAAGGAACGAGACAACCCCGAGGAUCCUGCCAAUGGUCCCUAUUCCCACAGGGAGAGUAAUGUGGACAUUGCAGUCAGCUCCUCCAAGGAGCAGGGCGCUGAGCCGGAGGCCAUCAGUUUUCUGGGGGCACUCAAAAUUCCGGGUGUCAUCGAGUUCUCGUUAUGUCUGCUCUUUGCCAAGCUGGUCAGCUACACCUUCCUCUACUGGCUGCCCUUGUAUAUCUCCAAUGUGGCUCACUUCAGUGCCAAGGAGGCUGGGGACCUAUCCACACUCUUCGAUGUUGGUGGCAUCAUAGGUGGCAUCAUGGCAGGGCUCAUCAGUGACUACACCAAUGGCAGGGCCACCACUUGCUGCAUCAUGCUGAUUCUGGCUGCUCCCAUGAUGUUCCUGUACAACUACGUUGGCCAGAAUGGAAUAGCCAGCUCCAUAGUGAUGUUAAUUAUCUGUGGGGUCCUGGUCAAUGGCCCAUAUGCACUGAUCACUACGGCGGUCUCUGCUGACCUGGGCACACAUGAAAGCCUGAAGGGUAACGCCAAGGCCCUUUCCACUGUCACGGCCAUCAUCGACGGCACUGGCUCUAUAGGUGCGGCUCUGGGGCCCCUGCUGGCCGGGCUGAUUUCCCCCACAGGCUGGAACAACGUCUUCUACAUGCUCAUCUCUGCCGAUGUCCUGGCUUGCUUGCUCCUCUGCAGGUUGGUGUACAAAGAGAUCCUGGCCUGGAAGCUGUCCCGGAGCAGAAGCAGCGGCUCUAGUCUGGCCCUAACCCACCCGCGAUAGUCUUUUCCUCAAGUCCCGUGAGUUUAUAUAAACAAAUAUGAGGCCUCAAUUGGAAGAGCAGCACCGAGGGUCUCUGCUGGGUACCCAAAGUGCUCCCCUAUGAGCAAGAGACUGGAAACUUCCAUCACAAGGUGAGGCAAAGCCUCCUGAUCCAACCAGUUCAGCCCAAACCCACCCUACCACUAAGGGCACAGAAGACUAUGGGAAGGGACUGCCUAGCACCAGGCCUGGGAAAAUGGAAGAUUUCAAGGCCUGGAGCUUAGGGAGCCACAAUCAGAAGGGAUAGGGCUGAAACCAGAAGGGAAGACAUGUUCAGACUCUUGCUUAUUUGGAUUCCAAGCAAGGACCAAGGCCUGGAAAAGGUGCCUAUCUCCUUUCCACGUUAAAUUAUAAAUAAUCUCUGUAAUCGGCCUGUACCUAUGGGGGCAUCUCACCUUGCUCCAAAGGUGCCGGGCCUCUCUCUGUCCCUUUGCCCAUGAACUGGUCUUUAUGUAUUUCCCCGAGUGGGACCCUCGUACCUGCCCUCCAUUGAUCCUGUUAGAACCCAGCCACUUUGAAGCGUUAGCACUGCUCUUGCAGAGCCGAGGCUAAAGUGGAGCAAGGGAACUGCCGUGAGUGCUGGAUGGAGGGGGACUCACUCUUGGCUCCUGAGCAUCCCCAUCCUCAGAGUCCAGCACCCCCCCACCUCACCCUGAAGCUGCCUCAGUGGAUGAAGACACUGGGGUCGGUGCUGUGAGGACUGGGGGUGUCGGGCACAACUGGAAAUGCUGGUGUGUGUCAAGCACUGGGUGCUCCCUGCCUGGCAGCCCUCCUGUAGGAAUGAACAGGAAAUGGAUCCGAAAAUGACUUUACACUGAGCAUAGAUGUCAAGUUAAGCAAGAAGCGAGUGUACCACUUGAUCCAUCCAAGCAACUGCUCCACGGAAGUUGCUUGGAGGCAUCUUGCAGCCCGCCUCUUACCUGGUGUUCUGAUGCACAUGCUCCUUCCACUCUGGGUCCUAGAUCAUGACAUGCCAGGCUGACUCCUGGCAUUUCCGCCUGACUUUUAAGCUGCCCAUCAGCACCAAUACAGAUUUGUUUUUGCCAGUG